AUGUUGAGAUACGUGGUAAUCAUAUCUCUGGUCUUCUUAACGUUUUCAUCGAUACAAUGUAGUAAGAAAACGAAGGAUAAUGAUAUAAAAACGAAAGAAAAAACCACUACAACUACUAGGACGCCGACCUCUAAAGAGGACCAGGAUGUCAGAAACGACAAAGACUUAAUAGGCAUUAUGAGGGAUUGCAACGAAACAUUUAGAAUUGAAAUGUCGUACCUAGAACAGCUGAACGAGAGUGGAAGUUUUCCCGAUGAGACCGACAGGACGCCAAAAUGCUAUAUACGUUGCGUGCUGGAGAGCAGCGGCGUGGCAUCAGAAGAUGGUCAAUUCGACCCUCGAAAGGCGGCCGUGGUGCUGGCGCAAGUAAGGGGCGGCUUCGAUACCGAUGCUCUUGAAGAAAUGGCUUCGAACUGCGUAGAGAGGAAGGAAACGUGCAUGUGCGAAAGGUCGUAUCAGUUCAUAAAGUGUCUGAUGGAGAAGGAAAUAGAAAAGCUCGAGAAAGCUAAA